AUGCAGGAGGGACCUUCGCUGAGCGAGAGGGAAGUCAUCAAGACCUUGCGCCCAGAGUCCCUCCUGAGCUGCCAGCGGCAGUUCCAGCAGGCCGUCUCCGAUUUCCCAGCACGUGAUGUUCUCACCGUGGAGCCAGGCUUCGAUGCUGCUCUGGGUGGCCAUCAAAGCGGCGUGCAAGAAGUCCCACCCAGGCCGGAAAGUCUCCACAGGGAGGCCGAGGCCACGAGGGCCCUGCAGCACCCGCACACCCUCAAGCUUCUGGGCGUCAUCGAGGACGAGCGGCCAGAGCCGCCCGCGUGCUCCUGGACGGGCACGGGGUGCGAGGCUGGCGGCGGGGAGGCGCACCUGCACGCCCUCUGCGGGCUCCCGUGUCCGCCGCCCCGACUCUCCGGCGAGGGCUGUGCGGGCCCGAGCGGGCGCGUGGAGCCCAGCCGUCCUCUGCUGCAUGGUGGCGGCGUGUUCCCUCCUGCGGCGCCCGGUGGAGCUGAGAACGAGCAUCGCCGGGGGCUCAAGACGCCGGCUUUCUUCUCCCGAGAGCUGACGGCACUCUUGGGAAGACGCUCGCCGUGGGCCCGAGCUGAGGCCGCCCUUUCUGGACUCCUGGAGGACGCCGCAUCCAGGGCAGGGGCGCCAAGGCCACGGCGCCCACGCGUCCCUUGCGAAGCAGCGCAGCAGUGGCGGUGUGCGCGGCCUGUGCCCGUGCCCCCAGGGCAGCCGUGGCAGGAGAGCAGUCGGCCCUGUCCUCGCUGGCGCCCGCGCAGGAGGCCGCGGCCUCUCUCGGGAGAGGAGGCCGGCCAGGGCCGGAAGGGGCUCGCUGGAAGGCUGGGCGAGGUCCUCAAGAGUCCGCUGCGUCCUGCGGCCCUGGAGAUCCGCUGCGGACGGAGACGGCGAACACCUGGUGCCGGGGACUCAGCGGCUGGAGCGGCCAGGGCAGGCGUGCGCGCAGGGCCGGCCAUGCUUCCCGCACCUUGUGCUGUCUGUCGUGGUCUCGCUGACGCUGUGUGUCAUAGACAAGUCACAGAUGGACGCAUGUCUGCGGUACAGUGUGAGAACGGAGACCAAGAAGCCCCUGAGCUGCCCGGAUCCUGACAACGCGGAGCGGGAGGUCAGCCAGGUAGGGACUCCCAGCUCUGGGCGGCGCCGCCCAGAAGCAGCCUCGGCCUGCAGAGGCCUCCGGGCACAGCAUUGUGACCUGCCGCACGGCUGGCAGCCCGGGACAAGGGGGCCCCCACCGGUCCCCUUUGUUCCCCAGUGCGGAUUUUCUUUAUGCUUAACAGCCCAGGGAGCUGUCACCCAGUGCUCUGUCCUUAAAAUCCGUCCCUGGCUCUCACCCCCUCAGCAAUGCCUGUUUUGGUUUUUUUAUUUAUUAUUUUGUUUUGUUUUUUCAUCACACAUUACGAUCCACAUAUGGGAGAUUCCAGUACAUUUGAAGCAUUUUGUGAAGUAACUUCACGUCUAGGGAGCCUUAGUUCCAAUUCUCUGGAAGCUUUCGUCCUCCUGAGCUCUUCCGAACUUGCGAGCUCCUCAUUAGGUUGGCUGACCUGUGUUCCUGGCUCCUUUUCACCUCAAGGUCUCAGUAGAUCAUUUUGUUAAGGAAGUGUAGAACGUUCCGGAUUGGUAUUCUACUGCCUUUCAGUUCUUUCUUGAGAACAGAUGGAUGUUGAAGGAUCCGUCAAACCUGUCCUUGUCUUGUUAGUUGACCUUCUGCAGUUUCCAGAGCAGAAGACACAAGGUGGAAACUGAAUUGCACCGUCCUGGAUUCUGAAGUUUCUAGUUCUGAAUCCUUGUUGUGCCAACCAGGAGCAAAAGAACGCUUAACCAUUUCACUUCCGUCAGUUGGUGCUCAUGUCACUGCUCCUGUCAGAACCUUUCUGUGGCUUCACAGCUGGCCAGUGAGGGAAUAUCCACCUGCCCUGGUACCUGGAAGUUGCCCGUUUCACUCGCAGCUGUCCUUACGGCUUUCCUCACGCCGCUCCCGUCUCGGCCGAGCUGGGGUAAGAUAUAGCACAGCGAAAGGAUCUGCCGUGGCUUAGUGAGCUUGCUGAUUUGGGAGGGAUCUGCAGUCUGGGCAUCUGAUCUCUGGGUCUCCCUGAGGAUGUUGGUCAGCGUCCCUGGGCCAGGUUCUUCAACAAGAAAAGCAGAGACUGAGAACAGCCACAGAAGCCGUCUCAGGGCUGCCGGGGGGCUGCCUGAGGCAGAGGAUGUGAGGUGCUGGACUCACAGACAAAGCCAACUGGCUUGGGGACCCAGAGAGUAAAGCUGGGUCUUCCCAGCUAGUCCUUCAGGCAACUCCCAACUCAGAUCGUGCAGCUGUGGAGUGGACUUUCCAGGAGGUAGUGAGCUCCCUAGCACCAGAGAUAUUCAAGCCAGAUUCAGAUCUGCACCCUCCAAACCAGGAGCCACUGGCCACACGAGCGUUUGAAACGCCACUAAUCUGAACUGUGAGGUGCUCUAAGUACAAAACCAACACCAGAUUUCAAAGACUUAUCAUAGAAAAGAGAUGUAAAAUAUCUCAGUAUUUUACAUGGAUGACAUCAUAUUGAAAUGAUACUAUUUGGCAUAAACUAGAUGAAAUAAAAUAUCUUAAUUAAAUUUAA